AGAGAAGAAGUGGCAAAGCAUUCCAGUAUCUUUGCCAAGAAAACCCUAAAUGGGGCCAUGAAGAGUGGGACACAACUGAAAUGACAGAACAAAAGGAAAGCCCAAUAUUCAGAGAUGAAAUUUGAUAGUGAGAAGACAUAGGUGUCUUGUGGUAAGGACAGACCUGAAUGGGGGUGGGGUACAGAUCUUCUGGCUCCAGGUCUGACUCUGGAUCAUACAUAGAUUGGGGGUAGGGGACUACUGAGUUACAGGAUUUGUGAGGCAGAAGGGUAGUUUUUUAUGACUUUUGCAUUGGGCUUUGGGUCAGCAAGAUUAGAGAGCUAAGACUUCCUUAGAUACUUACUAGAUGUUUCUUCCUAGAUAAGUCACUUAAUUUCUUAGCCUCAGUUUCCUCAUCUGUAAAAUGGGGGCAAUCUCUUUCACAGAGCUGUUGUGAGGAUCAACUGAGAUAACAUAUGUAAAGUACUUUGCAAACCUUAACAUCCUACAUACAUUCUAGCUAUUAUUAUCAUUAGCCUGUUUUUGUCAGAAGUCAGUGUGUGGCUGGGUCAGUGUGAUUUACAUAGGUCAUUCUGUGGCUGGGCUGAGAGUGCGGAUUUAAACUGGAUUAUGGGCUCAAUGUAGGAUUCGGGAAUGGAGGAGAGCUAACUGACCUUUGUGGAGAUCAAACCAUGGGCCUUGACUGCACUAAAGAUCUCCUGGAUGCCUCCUGCCUGUGGAGAGGUAACUUUGGGAUUUCUGAGACUGUGCCAGCCAAGGACAAACCCAGACAGGUUCUACCAAGCUGGAAAGGCUUUGAGUAGGGAAGGCCAAUGUGAAGGACUGUUUGUCCAUCCUCUGAGUCAGCCUAGGUAAAUUCAGAGAAACACAUCUCCAGGAUGGCUGCAGGGAAUGGAUCAUGCUUUUUGACUUGAAGAUUACAUUCAUAGCCAUCUGUGCUGAUGGAGGGAAUACCUACCAUCAACAAAAAUCGCAAAUACUACACAUAUUGCACUACAGGCUGCGCUCAGAUGCAGCUAGGAAGACCCUGGUCUGAGCAGUUAGGUGUAGCUUGGAGCCCCUGGCCUGAAGGGGGAGUCUAGGGCACAAAAAUUGAACCGUUCUCAGGGAGCUACUCUGGCCGAGCUCAGGGCCUGAAGUACCGCUUCUGAAUCCGAGGCCAUCCUGGAGCCAGCCCGGAUCGCACCUCAUCCUAACUGCGGCUUCGCCAAGUCCAGCUUGUAUCAGGCACGCCCCUGUAAUGAGAAUACCUCGACUGGGUCCUUUCUCUCAGUGCAGGGGCUCCGGCCCCUUUGGCGCACCCCCCUCGUCCCCGGCCCCUCCUUCCAUUCCAGUCCUAGCAGAAUGGCCUUCCGCUUUUCCAAAUAUACUGUCUGAGGAGGAAGGAGGCUGGCUGGGUGCAGGCUGCCCCUAAAGCUGCCAGAAUGAAUCCAAGGGGCACACAGAACUCUGACGGAUUACGGAAGACUUGGGAGACCUGAGGCCGUGUCUGGGGUUGGUAGCCCUGGGACAAUAUUUCAGAUGAAGCUGGCGCUUCUGGGGGCUUCCUGCUUUGGGUAAUUCUUUUCCUCGACCCCCCUCCUAGCCUGCCCCUCCAGAAAAGCCGGAAGAUCUGGAGCCCGAGGCUGGGAGCAGAGCACUGGGCAGGGGAUGGGGCGGAACAGCGCAGUCGAAGGGCCCCGGCCUGGGCUAGGCGGGGCCGCGGGAUCAGACCUGCCCUCCUUGUCCUCCCCAUUCCCCCCGCCCCCCGUUCCGCACGCCGCUGGCUCCGGAGGGGAGGCCCCAGUGGAGGCAGGGAGGUGGCCCGGGCCCACAGCCAGGCCUCCAGCCGUCUCUCCUGGGCCCCACGUGGCUGUUCCGAGGACACGGGGCCCCGGACCCGUGUCCGGCCAUGGCCCGGGGGCCCAACCUGGGCCGGAUCCCGAAGCUGCUGCUGUCAGGCCCGGUGCUCAGGCAGGAGUCCGAGGCAGAGGACGAAGCUUUCCUGUCGGAGCCGUCCCCGGGCGGGCCCCCGCGCCUCCGGCCCACGCCGCCCCACUCGCCUGUCUUCUUCUCCACUCAUUCCCCGACUUUCCGAAAGCGGCUGCAGCCCAGUCGCAGGCUCUGGAACUCCCACCGCCAGGCCCGGGUGGGUGACGAGGACAUUCGCCAGCACCGGCUCACCAAGUCCGUCAGCUUUGAGGUGGAGAAUGGACCUUCCCCAUCCCCAGGACGCAGCCCUUUGGACUCGCAGGCGAGCCCAGGGCUGGUGCUGCCCCCCAGUGCCCCCCAGAGCCAGCGUCGUGAGUCUUUCCUGUACCGUUCGGACAGUGACUAUGACAUGUCACCCAAGACCAUGUCUCGAAACUCUUCCAUUGCCAGUGAAGUACAUGAAGACUUGAUUGUGACACCCUUUGCCCAGGUGCUAGCAAGUCUAAGAAGUGUCCGAAGCAACUUCUCCCUUCUGGCCAAUGUACCAGCCACUGUUGGCAACAAGAAGUCCCCAAUGUGCAAUCAGUCAGCAGUAUGCAAAGCCACACUCUCAGAGGAGACCUACCAGCAGCUGGCCCGGGAGACCCUGGAGGAACUGGAUUGGUGCCUGGACCAGUUAGAGACGAUGCAGACAUACCGGUCUGUGAGUGAGAUGGCCUCCCACAAGUUCAAGAGGAUGCUGAACCGUGAGCUGACACACCUGUCAGAAAUGAGCCGGUCGGGGAACCAGGUCUCGGAAUACAUCUCCACCACCUUCCUGGACAAGCAGGCUGAUGUAGAGAUACCAUCCCCUACACCCAAGGAGCAGGAGAAUCAGCUUCAGCAACAGCCACAGAGGCAACCCAUGUCCCAAAUCAGUGGGGUCAAAAAGCUCACACAUAGCUCCAGUCUCAGCAACUCUGGCAUUCCCCGAUUUGGGGUCAAGACUGACCAGGAAGAGCUGCUGGGCAAGGAGCUGGAAAACUUGAACAAGUGGGGCCUUAACAUCUUCCAAGUAGCUGAGUUCUCCAAUGGCCGGUCCCUAGGAUGUAUCAUGUACACCAUAUUCCAGGAAAGGGACCUGCUGAAGACCUUUAAGAUCCCAGUGGAUACACUGGUUACCUACAUGCUGACCCUGGAGGACCACUACCACGCUGAUGUGGCCUAUCACAAUAGCCUGCAUGCUGCUGAUGUUCUGCAGUCCACACAUGUGCUUCUGGCCACACCAGCACUUGAUGCCGUGUUCACAGAUCUGGAAAUCCUAGCUGCUUUGUUUGCUGCUGCCAUCCACGACGUUGACCACCCAGGGGUCUCUAACCAGUUCCUCAUCAAUACCAACUCAGAACUAGCCCUGAUGUACAAUGAUGAGUCUGUGCUGGAGAAUCACCACCUGGCUGUGGGCUUCAAGCUACUGCAGGAGGAGAAUUGUGACAUCUUCCAGAACCUAAACAAGAGGCAGAGGCAGAGUCUUCGCAGGAUGGUCAUUGACAUGGUGCUGGCCACAGAUAUGUCUAAACACAUGAGCCUUCUGGCUGACCUCAAGACCAUGGUGGAAACGAAGAAAGUGACAAGCUCAGGGGUCCUGCUGUUGGACAACUAUACGGACCGAAUCCAGGUCCUUCGGAACAUGGUGCACUGUGCUGACCUCAGCAACCCGACAAAGCCACUGGCACUGUAUAGGCAAUGGACUGACCGGAUCAUGGAAGAAUUCUUCCGCCAGGGAGACAAGGAACGGGAAAGAGGCAUGGAGAUCAGCCCCAUGUGUGACAAGCACACAGCAUCUGUGGAGAAAUCACAGGUGGGCUUCAUCGACUACAUUGUGCAUCCACUAUGGGAGACGUGGGCAGACCUGGUUCACCCCGAUGCUCAGGAGAUUUUGGACAUGCUGGAGGAUAAUCGAGAUUGGUACCAUAGUGCUAUCCCACAGAGCCCCUCACCACCCCCUGAAGAGCCACCUGGCCAGGGCCAGGACAAGUUCCACUUUGAAUUGAUCCAUGAGGAAGAUACAGCAGCCACAAAGACAGUCGCACAAUUGGAGGAAGAGGACGAGCCAGUCCCCGAGGUGGGGCGGGCAGGCCCAGGCUGUGGCUCCCCAAAGGGCCGCCUGCCCGCCCCACCCUCCGAAAGGCCCCUAAGCCCCUCAGGAGCUUUGGUUCUUCAAGAGACCUGUCAAAGGCCAGACUCGACGGAGGAGGAACAGCAACUAAAGGAGCCCACGGCAGCCAAAGAGGCGAAGCAGUCCCUGCUCGGAUCGCCUCAGGAGUUGGAGUCAGACGGGGAAGUAGCCGAGGCCGAUGCCUCUUUGCCAGCAGAGGAAAAAACAUCAUUGGAAGCCCCAACCUUAUCCAGCCUAGGGGACCUGGGGUGUCCAUCCUGAACUCCAUCUCCCCGUCCCUAACUCCUCCCCAGCCCUGGACUCCUCCACUUCCACUUCCACCAACCACCUCCACCUUUUUCCGGAAGCAGCAGCAAAAACUUGCAGUUUUGGAAAAAAAGAAAAAAGAAAAAUAUUCUUCCCCCUUUUUCUUUUUUUUCCCUGCUGGGUUUUUUGGUGGUGGGGUUAGGGAGUGGG